CUUUAGCUUAAAGCCCAUCACAUUCUCUCUCUCUCUCUUCCUCUCUCUCUGUUUCAGUGUUUCUUUCUCUCUCUCUCUCUAGUUCCUUCUCUCUCCACCCCAAUUUUGUGUGGCGGCUCUCUCUCUAGUUCUCUUUGUGAGAUUUGGAUUGGAUCCGUCUCUUCGCUCGAAAGGGUAUCCGAAUCUACCUCCUUUUCUCGUAUUCGGUUCGAUCUCUCCACUUUCUUCCCACGAUCUCUGUUGGGGUGCUUUGCGACCCUCAAAUUCAGCCACCACCACCGCGAUGGUUGCUCAACAGCCUCAGCCUCAGCCUCAGCUACAGCCACAGCCACAGCAACCUCCUUCGUCUGCACAAGACGAGGCUUUGAAGAGGAACACCGAUUGCGUCUACUUUCUCGCAUCUCCUUUGACAUGCAAAAAGGGAAAUGAAUGUGAGUACCGCCAUAGUGAGUAUGCUCGGGUAAAUCCUAGAGAUUGCUGGUAUUGGUUGAAUGGAAAUUGCUUGAACCCCAAAUGUGCUUUCCGUCAUCCGCCACUUGAUGGCUUGUUAGGUUCACCGGCAGCCACUGCUGCUGGGCCAUCUGUUCCCUCGUCACAGAUUGCAGCGACACCUGCAGCACCUGCAGCGCCUUAUAAUUCCACUAAACAGGCUGUCCCUUGUAUUUUCUUUCAGAAGGGUCUUUGCUUAAAAGGUGACAGAUGUGCUUUCUUGCAUGGACCAAAUCCUACUGCUGGUAACAAAGCUGUUAAUCAGGUCCCAGUGUCUAACCAGGGAACUGAGACUCCAAGUCUUAAGAAGCCAUUUGGCAGCAGAGAUAAAAAUGCACAAGAAAGGAGAAGCUCCCAAGGAAACAUUCCAAAAUUAGUUGGACGUCUUGAAAUUAAACCUUCCCCAAAGGUCGAAACUGCUCCACAAAGAAAUAAUUUUGAAUUGGUGAAGGAGAAGCAUGUGGCACCACCACCUGCAGGAUUUGAUGAUGAGGCUUCAAGAUUUAAAAUGAGAAGUAUUUCCCCAGUGGCUAACGGGCCUACUGCUGCCCGUUCAAAUCGACUGCAUCAAGUCCGUAUGCCAGAUGAUAAUAGUUUCCACAAUGGUAAGGACAGUGAUGAAUUCCUCAGAGAAUCCUCUCCUGGAUUCGAUGUUCUUGUAGCUGACGAGCUUAGAAAUUCUGAUUACUAUCAUGGGGAAGAUGAAUUUGGUAAUGCAAGAGGUCCAGAUGAAAGGAACUUGGACUCUUUGAAUGAUUAUGACUUGGGGCAUUCUGCUGAUUAUGGUUUAGCGCGUGAUAUUGAUCAAGAAAGAUUUCGUGUUCCUCAAUCCUACGACUCAUAUGAUCACAUGCAGGAGCCAUACGCUUGGGAGCAGCAUAGAAAGGCCCCAGGCCAUUUAGAAAGAAGGUCUCACCGCAGAUCUGAUAGUCCUGACAAUGUAGAGGUCUCAGAUCUCCGACAUCGUUUAUCUAAGCGCAGAAGGGUUAACGGUUUGAAAUCUGUUGUCUCUAAUGACUUUGACAGCCAUGGUGAUCAACAAAGUCACCAGUUCUCCUCUAGGAAGGAUUCGCAUCAGUUACCUUUGAAUGAUCGCUUCCGAGGCAGAAUAAAACUUCCAGCAAGUGGUGCCGACGAUAACCCAGAGAGGGAAUCAGACAGAGGAAGAAUUAGGAGCAGAUUAUCAACUGGAAGGUUGCCAACCCCGCACCAAGGAAGGCUCCAAGACAGAAUUAGAGGAAGGGUGCAGGAUGAUGAGAGGAGAAAUUUCAGGGAACGAUCAAUAGGGAGAGAAGUAAUGGGGGACAGAAGUGAUUUUUCCGGACCUAAAAGCCUUGCUGAACUUAAGAAUGGGAGGAGCUCUGAUUAUAAGGAGCAUCAAUCACUGGGAAAGAGGAAGAGUCUAAGGGAACAGUCACAAUCAGAAGGUGAUUUUCAGUUUGAUGGUCCAAAGCCUCUGAGUGAAAUUCUGAAGGAAAAGAGAAGAGUUGGAGCUGGUGUAUCCUCACAGAGUGAAAUUGUUCAUAGCUCUGAUGAUACAGCUGUCACCAACACGCAAAAUGGAGCAUUGCCUGAGGCCAAGGAAGGUGCCAAGAACCACUCACUAAUUAAUGAAGAAGAAACCAAGCUUCAGGACACUGAUACAGCUGGAAGGGAGAUAGAUAAUAAUGAGGGAAAUCGUGAUCAGUCGUAUGAGGAUGGAAUGAUCUAUGAUGAAGCCGCAGAGGAACAGGAGUAUGAAGGGGAUGAUCAGAGGGAUGGAGAGUAUGAUUAUGAGCAAGUUGACGAGGGGGAAUAUGAUUAUGAACAAGUUGAUGAGGGGGAAAAUCCAGAGCAAGAAUACAUGGAGGAUGAAGAUGGGGAUGACUUUGCUAAGAAGAUUGGUGUGAUGACUACAUAAUUAUGGAAAUGCUGAGGAACUGAUGGAACAUCUGCACUUUGAUAUGAAUAUGGUUCUGGUGGAUCUCAACUUAUCUAGGUCUCUCCCUCUCUGACUGAGCAGCAUUUCUGCUUAAUAUUUGCUUGUAGAAGUGGGGUAUCAUUAUCGUUUUUGUUUUGGUUUUUCUUCCUUGUAUUGAUCAUUAAUCUUUUUCUUUUCUAUUUUUUCACUGUGUUAUCAUCUGAUUGAGUGGACACUUCUAUUUAAGCAGUGGGCAUUUUGCUUAUGCUCUCUGCAUACAAGUGUCAUGCAGAGUGCAAGCCUGUAACUUAGAAAGUUAAUAAUAAUAUUCGAAUUCACGCCACAGUUUUUCCUGUA